UGUUUCCUGGGGCUGCACUAAUUGGCUCAUAUGUUUCCAUAAAGCCAUUGCUCCUGUCAGUAAAACCUAACAUAUAAAUAGCCAGGGCACAUUUCUGACUGCUGUACUCUGCAUUUGACUCAGGAAAGUUCAAGUCCUUUCUGGGAGAGAAAAUGUUCAGCCAAGUCGAGCACCCAGCUGGUGGGUACAAGAAGCUCUUUGAGACUGCAGAGGAACUGUCCUCACCCAUAACUACUAAUGUCACAGGUAGGAUUCCAGUCUGGCUCAGAGGCAGUCUACUUAGAUGUGGGCCUGGCUUAUUUGAAGUUGGUUCUGAACCAUUCUAUCAUUUGUUUGAUGGCCAAGCUCUUCUACACAAGUUUGAGAUUAAAGAAGGGCAUGUGACUUAUUACAGGAGAUUUAUCCGAACUGAUGCCUAUGUAAGAGCAAUGACUGAGAAGAGAGUAGUCAUAACAGAAUUUGGCACAUACGCUUACCCAGAUCCAUGCAAGAAUAUAUUUUCCAGAUUUUUUUCCUACUUCCAAGGUGUGGAAGUCACAGACAAUGCCCUGGUUAAUGUGUACCCCGUGGGUGAAGAUUUUUAUGCCUGUACUGAGACAAACUUCAUAACAAAAAUCAAUCCAGAAAAUUUGGAAACACUUAAAAAGGUGGAUGUCAGCAAGUAUGUUUCCGUCAAUGGAGUAACAGCACACCCUCACAUUGAAAAUGAUGGGACAGUUUACAAUAUUGGCAACUGCUUUGGAAAGAAUUUUUCACUUGCCUACAAUAUUGUACGGAUACCUCCCCUGCAAUCAGACAAGAAAGAUCCAAUAACCAAAUGUGAGGUAGUGGUUCAGUUUCCCUGCAGUGACAGAUUUAAGCCAUCCUAUGUGCACAGUUUUGGGAUGACUUCAAAUUACAUUGUGUUUGUGGAAACACCAGUGAAAAUCAACUUGCUCAAGUUUCUUUCUUCCUGGAGUCUUUGGGGAGCUAACUACAUGGAUUGCUUUGAGUCAAAUGAAAGCAUGGGGGUUUGGAUGCAUGUAGGUGACAAGAAAAAAGGAAAGUAUCUUAACAUCAAAUACAGGACUUCACCUUUUAAUCUCUUUCAUCAUAUUAAUACCUAUGAAGACAAUGGAUUUCUGAUUGUGGAUCUGUGCACAUGGAAAGGGUACGAGUUUGUUUACAAUUACUUAUAUCUAGCCAAUUUACGGGAGAAUUGGGAAGAAGUAAAGAAAAAUGCACAAAAGGCUCCUCAGCCUGAAGUUCGACGAUAUGUCCUUCCUCUAAACAUAGAGAAGGCUGACACAGGCAAAAACCUAAUCACAUUGCCCAAUACAACAGCUACCGCCACUCUAAACAGUGAUGAAACCAUCUGGCUGGAGCCAGAAGUUCUUUUCUCAGGGCCCCGGCAAGCUUUUGAGUUUCCUCAAAUAAACUACACAAAAUAUUCUGGGAAACCCUACACAUUUGCAUAUGGCCUCGGACUAAAUCAUUUUGUCCCAGACAGGCUUUGCAAGAUCAAUGUUAAAACUAGAGAAACCUGGGUAUGGCAAGAGACAGAUGCAUACCCUUCUGAACCAAUCUUUGUCUCUCACCCAGAUGCUCUGGAAGAAGAUGAUGGUGUCGUCCUGAGCAUCGUCAUUAGCCCCGGCAGUGGACCAAAGCCUGCCUACCUUUUGAUCUUGAGUGCAAAGGACAUGAGUGAAGUUGCCCGGGCAGAAGUGGACAUCACCAUCCCAGUUACUUUCCAUGGCAUUUUCAAAAGAGCAUGAUGUUUGCCUUCAUUACACCUUGUAUUAAUAUCUGAACUAAAGAACUACACUCUUAACCAGUUUCCAAGUGAUUUCUAAAAUUAGUUUACAUUUUAAUGUAUAUUUAUAGAAUUUAAGGAUAUUUUUUUCUGAACUCGGCGCAUUAUACAGAAAAUAAACAGAUUUGAAAAUUGUCAGUAUUUCUAAUUCGCCAACUGGAUAUUUAAGCAAAACAGAACAUCACCACCACACUGUGAAAUCGCUUUCAGAUAAUUACAUUUUGACCAGAGAUGCUGGCUCACUAAUGAGAUACAGGCCUGACUCAGUUUUUAAAGGCAAGAGAGCAUGGCAGGGGAUAGUGACAGCCUCUCAUUUUAAACCGACUGACAGAUCAUUAAGCAGUUACAAAUAAUCAUUAAUCAAAUAAUUUGUCCAGGUGUGAACAGAGAAUUCCACUUUUGCCUGCAUGAUGAGUUCUUACAUUUUAAAACAAUAUAGGAUACUGUUAUUCAUAAACUUCUAAAUUAUAACUUCUAAAUUUUCUCCAGCUCUGAAGAAAAAUGACAUUUUAUAUUCUUAAAUGCAGUAAGAGUUAAUCUCUUUCUGGAACAAAAAGUGAAGUUUCUCCUUUGGAGAGAUAGAAAAUGAACAGAAAUUCCCAAAGUGUGUGGGAGUUAUUUCAUAAUUGUGACUCCAUGUGUUUUAGACUAAGGAUACCUCCUUUCGUCCACAGCUUCAACUGUCCAAUCUAGCCAGGCAUUCUGUACCAACCUUGAGGCAAAUAAAAGCUAGAAAUAUGGCUCUCGAGUCAGAUGGUCAAAGGUUGUGGGUUCCUCAUAGUAAGAACAGAGCCUCCUCCUUUCUGGUCCUCUCAGAAAGGAUGGCAAAAUGCAUCGUUCCCUCUUGUUUAUAACUUUGCUGAUUCAUUGAUUUUGGUUUUUUAAAUCUGUCUUCUGUUCCUGUGUCUUAAUAUUUCUAUGUUUUAAACUAUUGGUGUAAGCUACUUGGGAAUGCAGACAUAUUUUUUAUUAACACUUUCCAGGUCAUAUUCAGUACAAAAGGCAAAUCUUGCCAAAGUUGUGUGACAGGAACAGAAACAUGAUUAUGGACUGACAUAUAAACAUUUCUCAAAAUCCAAUAUAUAUGUCAUAUUGGGACCUUAGAACAUAAAUUUAUUAGCACUUUCAUGAUAAAUGGCUGGCAUCAGUAUACUCAGAUGUACAGAAUGUGUUUGCCAUAAUCAGUUGUCCUUGGUUACUUCCCUGUGAAUGGUACAAGCGAUUCUUCCAGGGAGAUAAAUUGAUAUUUCUUUUGUUUCAUAAUUCUUAAACAUUGUUUUCUUCCAAAAGGAAAAAAAAACAUCAUCAUCAUCA